AUGGGGAACGCCAUUAACGAUAGCCAGUGCAAAAAAUCGUGCUUCGUGCAGAACGGCAGAUUUCAGGAGGCUACCACGUCUUCGCUCUACAAUGAUCAGUUUAACAGCAAGUCACUCGCCGAUAAGGUCAAUCUCCUGGCCAUCGAACUACUCGGGCAUGGCGCCACUAGCUAUCCCUCGGAGCGCUUCACCUACUGGGAUUCGGCCAUCAUGGCUGUGCAGGUGAUGGAGGACCCUAAGACGCAGCUGGGCCCCUUCUAUGACAAAUGGUCUGUGCCUACACGCGACUUCGUCGUCGAUGAGGAGUGGCGGGGCAUGGUCGCCGGUCUGGGAUUCUCCGGAGUCGUCAGCCCGGAGACGCUUUCGUUCUGGAACCAGACACUCAAGGAGGUGUAUAGCGGCGACGAGGGGCAGAAGAAGCUGCGCAUGGCGCUUACGAACCUCAUGGAGAGGAACAGCCUGCUGUGCAGGCUCCGUGACGUUAGGUGCCCUGUGUAUUGGCUCCAAGGACCUGAGGACCCCGUGUUUGGCAAAUUUAUGCCUGCGGAGCAUAUCAAGCUGUUCACGGGCCCAAAGCGACACUAA